AUGUCGGACAAAGAAUUCGGAGGCAACGAUGAUUUGUCUUUGCCGAAAGCCACGGUGGGAAAGAUCAUUACCGAAGUUCUCUCCACCAAUCCUUCACUCGGCGGUACCAACGGCAAUUCCAUGAGUUUCGCCAAAGAGACCCGCGACUUGCUCAUAGAAUGCUGCGUGGAGUUCAUCACCAUGAUCAGCGCCGAGGCGAAUGAGAUCGCCGAGAAGGAAGCCAAGAAGACCAUCGCCUCGGAACAUGUCACGAAAGCCCUUGAGGAGCUUGGUUUUGCAGAAUAUGUGCCAGAGUUGUUGAGAGUGGUGGACCAAUUCAAGAGCCAAGCUGCGAACCGUGAACGUAAACAGAACAAGAUCGAUGCUAGCGGCAUGACCGCAGAGGAGUUAAUUCGCGCCCAAGAAGAGCUCUUCAAGAGCGCUGGCGACAAAUACAACACCGCUACGCCUGCAGAUUAA